CAUCAUCUUCAUCGUUGAUGGAAAGCAACGGAAAUAUUAUUCCAACCGCAACAGAAAUUUUGCAUCUAAGAUAGAGAAGUUAAGAAAUCAUUUGAAGGCGUAAUUAAGCAAUAUUGGCAAAUGAAGUAUAUUUUGUAUUUUCAAGUGAUGGAUACAAUUUCACUUUUAAAAGAAAACUGCAAGAAAAAUGGAUAUAUUCUUAAAUGACAAUUCUUGGAACAAGGGAAAUUUCGAAGAACAAGCAUAUAUAUCUUCGGAAAGUAAUUUUAUUUCUGUUGAAUAUUUUCCACUAAUUUAUUCAUAUUACGAGCGACUGUUCAAAAGGCUACUAAAACUAAUAACGAACACUUGUUAAUACGAAUGCAAAUACAGGAAGAAAAGGAAUUUUUCUUAAUUUUACCAUUUCCUUUUCUUAAUUACUGAAAAAUGUAACUUUUCUUACGUUAGUAUAUAUUAAAAGUACAGAGGUUGCAAACGUUUUCAGUUACCUACUAAAAACAUUUUGAAAUAUUUUAUAUUAAAAGCUUAAGGUAUCAAGUGAAAACGAUUGCAGAUAUUAAUAAGUCCUUAAUUUUUCUUAGAAAUAUUUAUUCUGUACGCCAAUUAUUAUUAUUAUUAUUUCUUAAUUUUUUAUUCUGUGGAAGACUUCUGUGCUAUGGAAGACUUCUAAGCAAGACAGGUACUUCUGCAACUCCCAAAAGUUUAUAACAAUAUAAAGAACUAACUAUACGAACUUGAUAACCAAACUACAAAAGAAGUGUAUUUCCUAAUAUAGACGACAAAUAUGACAGCAAUCAAAUGAUGGGGACUACUUUGGAAAACAUAAUUAUCAAAAAAUGGGACACAUUUAUAAUGAUGGCUAAACUAAAAACGGUAUAAUUGAUUAACAGGGCAAAUAAAAUAAACUCAAAUGAGAAAAUACGAUAAAAAGUAACUUGAACUAACAGCGUAUUAUAAAUAAAUUCCUAAAUUUCCAAAAUGAAAGAAGACACAAGGAUCGAAGACAUUUCUGUUUGUGGGCAAGAAGUUGCAAGAUCUAGUAAUGGAUUGGAGCGUGAAACUUGGAGCAAGAAAGCAGAUUUUUUACUUUCUGUUAUCGGAUUUGCUGUGGAUUUGGCCAAUGUGUGGAGAUUUCCUUACCUUUGUUACAAAAAUGGAGGAGGUGCUUUCCUUAUUCCUUACAUCAUAAUGUUGGCUGUCGGAGGAAUACCAUUAUUUUUUAUGGAAUUGGCAUUAGGUCAAUAUAACAGAAAAGGAGCCAUUACUUGUUGGGGAAGAAUAGUACCACUUUUUAAAGGUGUAGGAUAUGCUGUCGUUCUAAUUGCCUUCUACGUCGAUUUUUAUUAUAAUAUUAUCAUCGCAUGGUCUCUGCACUUCUUUGUUGCUUCUUUCAACAGCGUCUUGCCUUGGACAACUUGUGAUAAUGCCUGGAAUACGAAUCUUUGCCGUCAGAUAUCAUCUACUGAAGAUGUCGUCAAUGGUACAGGCACAGAAAUGAAUGGAACAUCAUUGGAAGCAUUAGGAAUUCAAAAUACGGUAGCUCGGACAUCUCCUGCUGAAGAAUAUUUCAAUCGUGCUGUCUUGGAGCUCCAUCAAAGUUCUGGUAUUGAUAACUUAGGAAAUGUUAAAUGGGAUCUUUCUCUUUGUCUACUCGCGGUUUAUGUUAUUUGCUAUUUUAGUCUAUGGAAAGGUAUAAGUACAUCUGGAAAGGUUGUGUGGUUUACCGCGCUAUUCCCAUACGUUGUACUUCUCGUGCUACUGGUACGUGGUUGCACUCUUCCUGGAGCAGCAGAGGGCAUCAAAUUCUACUUGACACCUGACUUUUCAGCUCUGGCUGACCCGAAUGUAUGGGUGGAUGCAGCGACACAAGUAUUUUAUUCUCUAGGCCCUGGAUUUGGAGUAUUAUUGGCUUUCGCUAGUUAUAAUAAAUUCCAUAACAACGUUUACAGAGACGCUCUUCUAACAAGUGCAGUGAAUAGCGCUACAAGCUUCCUUUCUGGAUUUGUUAUUUUCUCAGUUCUUGGAUAUAUGGCCCACAAGGCACAUGUUGAAGUGAAAGACGUUGCAACAGAAGGUCCCGGUCUAGUCUUCAUUGUUUACCCAGAGGCCAUCGCAACCAUGCCCGGAUCUUCAUUCUGGUCUGUAAUGUUUUUUCUGAUGCUGCUCACCCUUGGCCUAGACAGUUCUUUUGGAGGUUCAGAAGCUAUCAUAACAGCUUUAAGUGACGAAUAUCCGCUGCUAAAAAAUCAUAGAGAAUUGUUCGUGGCUAUUCUUUUUACAUUUUACUUUCUUGUAGGUCUACCAAGCUGUACUCAGGGUGGAGCAUAUGUUGUUGCUCUGUUGGACAGAUAUUCUGCUGGAUAUUCGAUAUUAUUUGCAGUUUUCUUUGAAGCUAUAGCUGUUUCCUGGAUUUAUGGAAUUGGUCGCUUUUCAGCGGACAUAAAAGAAAUGCUGGGUUUUGAGGUAGGAAAGUGGUGGAAAUUCUGCUGGGUCCUAAUGGCUCCUCUUUUUAUAAUGUUGAUAAUAGUAUAUGGGCUUACUAGUUAUGAGCCACUUAGUUAUGAAGAAUACCAGUACCCGAUGUGGGCCAAUCUCUUUGGAAUGGCAUUGGCAGCCUCUUCCGUAUUAUGUAUUCCUUUUGUUGCAGUCGGGAAGCUGCUUACAACCCCUGGAACUUUCUCAGAGAGGCUACGCAUCUUGGUUACGCCUUACAGAGAUAGCAAGAGUGAUGCUUCUGAGGAAAAGUCUGCUCCUGUAGAUGAUGAAAACGGUGCUGUUGCUCUUUGACUCUAGAACUGCCAAACCUUAUUCUCAUCGUACCCAUGAUGAUUUGACAGAAGUAGUUGUCUGAAUGUUAAAUAAAAUUUAUGUGUUACAUCAUUGA